UCUCUCAAUUUUUUUCUGGUGGAAAAGUUAAUUAGACCGUGAAACACGCUCGUACAACAUCCUGAACAAGGUAAAACCGAAGGAACAAUGAUGGCUGACAACUAAAACAGUAAAAUGUUGGAUAGGCAUUACUUCAGUUUACAUGAUCUCUUCAUGAUCCAACGAAUUUUCGUUUAAGAGUGGAUGCCUCCAUUCUACCACAUUUACUCUCUUUUUGAACACUUUCAUUUCCCUUCAUUGUCAGCGCUUUUGUCCAUAAAACACAAUCUCGCGACCCUCCUCUUCAAGGCAACUUUAUUAGCCAAUCCAGGUUAAUUCGUAUUUCUCCAAUCCUUGAUCUUCCGGAUACUUUCUUGUUGCCACCACAGCUUUCAGCACCUCCUACACAUCGCUGUCGCCAUCUAUAUUACUAUCCUCUCCAAAAAAACCAAUUGUUAUACGUUCAUCGCACUCUUUUUUUCGACACAGCUGGCUGGCGCCUGGCCCAGGUCCAGCGGAAGUACAGUCAUCUUUUCUACGACGAGUGCCAACAUAUACUCAAGCUAUUGGCUGAAUCCCAGUGACUCGCCUCAAAUCCUACCGUUGAGAUUAAAAAGAGCUCAAGAUCAGCAAGAACCCGAUAUAACAUUUGUUCUGUUGUUGAAGCUACAUUAGGUGCGAAUCAAAGCCUGUAACAAGGUCUCUAUUGUGGCAGACGUAAACCGCAUUGCAAAGUUGCUUCGAAAUUUGAAGAAACUCUCAACCAGGCGGCAAUACUUUUGAGAAUCGUAUGUUCAUUUUGUCUUGCGAUUCGACGUGGUGUAGAGGCGUGCUAUCAAGUCAUUCAACCCUUUCGAGCAACUUCGGGCGUAUCUCAAGGUCUCAGACAACUUUGUGCUUCCUUUGCCUCAAACUGGAUACUGCGCAAUUACCCGCCAACGCCCGCAAUCAGUAAAUCAUUAAAAUCACAAUGGCGGACCCCUCUAAUCAUGUUUCUCGAAAUUUGCAUAGAACGUAUCGCAUCACUCCUAUACAACAACCUCUGAGAUCAGCGGCGUUCGAAAAAGCUUACCUUUCUCGAUUACCUCUUUCCCCCCCAUUGAUAAUACAAUUGGACUGUUGGGAUGCUCGAGGAGAGCAGAUAAUUCCUUAUGACGAGCUUCCGUUUCUAGUGUGCCACCUUUCUCUUGAAACUCAAAAUGGACAGGAUGCUGCGAUAGUGACAUCUCCUCACACCGCGCCUGUGUCGAUGCUGUACGGCACUCUUGUUGCUACGCCUGCCGAAAUGGACGACCAAACGGGUGCACAAGGCGUUUACUUUGUGUUUCCGGAUGUGAGCGUCCGCCACGUCGGCAGAUUCCGUUUAAAAGCUUUGCUGAUGAGAAUCACUGGGGGACCAGCGGUGCAUGUCUCUGUGACUCGCACGUUUGAAAUUGUUCACACCAAGGACUACAUUGCGCCUCCCGUAACCACUCUCACGAAACAUUUUGACUCUCAAGGAAUUGUACGCUUCGGUCUGCCUCGUUAUCAGUAAUGAGAUCUACGUCAACUACAUUGUUUCUCUUUUGGACUGUUUCCAGUCCCUUUUAACUCGACACCAAGCAUACAUUUAUAUACCCAGCACUUACUUUGUGCAUUGUUCAAUUACAUGUUGUAGAAAUCGUCACUUGUUCAAGCGAAUUUCAGUUCUUCCCCUAUGGACGUUUUAUAGCAAUAUAUGAUGCUACCAGUCCAAGCAAAAAAGGGCCGCUAAGGUGGCGAUAUCAAAUGCAAACCAAGAACAUGAAGGUAAUAGGUUUUAGGAGGUGUCGUCACCGCGCAUAAAGUUCUUUCAAGGAAAUAUCAUCGUUAUCGACCCUUUAUCCAAUAAUCAUGGGAAACUUGCGGUUAUGGGUAUUUCGGAGUACACUGAUAACUUGGAUGCCUCCCACAUAGUCCUUGUAUUGUCAUAGUAGAUGACCUCAGUUCUCUUUUUGAUUAUCCAUUAAUGCACUAUUUUGACUGCCA